GUCAAAAGUCAACGUACAAGUAGAAGUAGAGUCCCUCGUCGUGCCGCGGUUGUUGAUUGAUGUCUGUUUUCGUACAUCAUUCAACUGGAACAGGGCAUGGCUACUUCCGUGUCGUCCUUUCCAAGAAGAACCCCCCAAAAUGGAAAAUGUUUUCAUGUCUAAUUCGUUUUUAAUAUCAGGCGUAUGUUAAUAGAUACAAGUAGAAGAUAUCAAAGGCUUCACUAGCUAUGUGACCUUUUGAAGAUGGACAAUGUUGCAUCUUUUGAAGAGGACUAACAAAAGAAGAGGACGAUGAACUGCUAAUUGAUUUCUUCUAUGCCCCAUGAUUGGGUACGCUACUACUACUACUACUGCAUGAAGAACAACAGUCACGGCCACCUCGAACUUUAAGUGUGCUGAAUAUGUUUCGUCUUUUGUUCAAAUUGAAAAAUGUCAUCAUGUCGUCGACAUCCAUACUAGUCUGCAUUCUGUCUCUCAGUAACGCGUCUCCUGGUAAUAAGCAGCAACACACUUCUAUGACACGACGAGCGAAUGGAGGUUAAACAACCUACAAUCUAGUCCAUUCAUCAUCUUCGUUAUUGGUGUGAAGACCGAGGACGUGCGACCUUCUUCAUGAUAGUGGACGAGGCGAGAAAAACCAAUAUAACGAGCGGCAACCGACUAGAUUGGUGGAGUUAGUUGCAUUGCCUUUGCCUUCAUCCAAAGCGGUCGAGCCUGAAGCCGCUCCUCAACCUCGUCUUAAGUAAGGCAGGAACGACAAGAGGAUGGGCUGCGAAAAUCUCGAGAGCGUAUAAUUUAAGUGAGAGGAACAAAAUCCCUACAGAAAACGCAAAUGGCAGCCCUAGACGUCGACGUGAAGGCAGCGGCCGAAUCGCGGGAAGCGAGUGCCUUUGCAAGUGCUGACACGGUGAUCAACGAGUAUAUGGCGAAACGAGCUGAGAAGGACAAAGAGCGAACGGAACUUCUGCAACGACUCAUUAAGGCUCGUUUGAAACCUCGAUCCAUCUUUAGAAACUUCGUGGAAACGCUUCCUUUGUUUCUCUUACUAAUCCAUCUUGAGCAGGAGGAGCAUGAUAAUGAUUUUCUUUCUUCAAGGGAAAGAGAUAUAUCAUCUACUCAGGAUAGUCGUCCUCAAGGCAAGAUGGAUUAUAAGUAAAUGUAUUAGGCUGAAUAGCUCUAAGGAAAGCGAAAAGUAUGAUUCCGACGAAGCUAGAGGCAUUGUUGCUGUCAACUGGAAAAAGGAGAGGCAGAGGCUUGGUACUUAGAGUUGGAGUUCUUCUACUUCUACUCAUAUAAAAAGUUUAGAAAGAAUUAUAGAAGAUUAUUGUUAUAUCCACUAUCAUCUAACAACCUCUUUAUGACCGACAAUAUUCACAUCUUCCAAAUAAUAGGCCUGCUUCCAGAGUGGGAGUAUCGGCAUCUGCACUUUAUUCCGCAGCCGUUUGUCGCGCCACACGGUCGCCCACUGGUACGGCGUUUCUGCGCAAAGUAUGGGGAUAUCUUCAUGUACAGUUGCAUGUUCUUCCUGUUCCUGAUACUGGUAGCAACUUUUGUGGUCUACAUCUUAGCGCUGUUGUACUAUCAGAACAGCUACACCGCAAAGUGUACUCUCAGUCGUAAUGGGGACUCACCGACGCUGUGCACCGAGUGCCUCUUUGAUGUUAAAGCACUGGUAGACCUCCGAGAGCAAACCAGCCUCCGAGAAGAUCGCGUUAAGGAGCAUUUGGAGUUAUGCUUUGAAACGCCAACUUUUCGAGGAUUCGGCUCAAAUUGAAAACGCAAAUAACGCAGUUUUUCAUGCUUUCGAGAGCAAUCGAAUCGAAUUAUUUGGCGAUAAACCAUUUUUUCGAGGAUUCGCCUUCAAACUUUGUAUUCGUCGAUAGAAUUGACAAGCUAUAAUUUACUCUUCUUGUCUCUCUAGUUCUUGUACCUCAUGUCUUCUAGAAUUGGUUCAUAGUACCUGCACCAGAGAUUGAGAUCCAUCUAAGAUGGAUCAUCUUCUACAUGAGUUAUAAAGUGUGUUUUGUAGAGUGUGAGAUAUUAAUUAUGGUUUAUAGAGUGUGUAACAGUGGUCCAACACCGAGCAGUAUUUCUUUGUCUACAACUGCAACUGCUUCUUGUCUUUUGCUUCAUUCCUCCACCUACAAAGGGGUCUCCUCUUUAUUUCCUUCAUUCCUGUACGUAGAAAGCACUCUGUCCGUGAACGAUUUGGCGAACUGGCAUCUUGGAGUCGAGAAGUUUAUUCCUCGCGACCUACCUGGUUUAGGACCGGACUACCGCAUUUUCCGAGUGCGUAACUACCAAAUCAAGUACGACCCAUAUGGACCGUACUACCGACCAAGAGAGGAGCCCUUCUUUUGUUGCCCCGAUAAGUGUUGCGACUGGCUGUUAAGGAUUGCAAGUUGACGACCCCUCUAUAAUGCGCGGUAAAUCUACAUUGAUUAUAGGAAAGUCAUGUAGUCUAUGCGUCGAGGGAUGAUAGAGAGGUCGCCUUGGAAUCCCUAAGGCCGAAUCCGGACACGCAAAACGACAAUUACCACUGCGAUACACGCAUUUUUGGGUGGGCCCAAAAGCAAGAAUGGCGUGCGGUGGCGGAAGACAUUUAUGAAUCAAUGAAGAAGAGGAGUUUAGUUUCUUGUACUUCCCAGUUAUACUACUCGGGCAUCCACCUCGGGUAGAGAUUAGACCACCGACAGUAGAUCCUUCUUUUUUUAGUGCUAGUUAUUUUUCCCUCUAGAUACAUAGAACAAACUACAAGCAAGGGUCAUCGUGCGUCGUCCAAGAAGAGGACGACUGUGAUAGUCCUAUCUCUAGAUAAAAUGACGAGGAAGUAGAUACCAAACACCUCUCCAUCUAAGACAUGAGUACGGAAAUGUGCAGCGUGGGGGCGUGGGACUGUACUUUGGAAAAACCUGAGACCUUCGACAUGGAGGUAGGUGCCACUUUCGAGUCCGCGAGUCGCAUAGGUUAAGGCUAGUUUUUUACUAUCCCAUGUGGACUAUGCAGCUGCGUGGCGCCCCCCUUGAUGUUGAGAGACAAAAUAUAAGGGGGACGUACUACACGUAGGGUAUUCCAUUCAUCCACCCGACUCGGUGUAGGAAAAAACUAGCGCUAAAUAGGAGUGCCUUCCGAGAAUCUAGUGCCUUCGUUUUCCGCACUAGAUCAGCAUGUACUCACCACGCAACUCUUCGCGGCCAUGUUUUGUCUCUACGUUUUGUACUUAUGACCCAUGUUCUAUCUUUAUAGUACGUUUUGUACUUAUGAUAUUACUGAAUAAAGUUCGUUCGUUGCUAAUAUGAGAUCAUACAACUGAAAAUUUGUGCAUAAUUUGGAUUAUCCAAGAAUUUUCAGUUAUAUGCUAUCUUUUUGAAAUUCAUUUCCUGAGGGUGAGCUUUAUUUCUGACACAGUGACAGUUGAAUCGACAAAAACUCUGUCAUUCUCAUGCUUCUGUGUAUCUAGAUAGUCUCAGGUGUGUAUUAGUAUACAGAGUAUGACGCUACUAAGUUGUCUGUUUCUCACACACAUGAAUAGUCCAGAACUUCUUAGAGCUUUCUUUUUAAGUUUGGGAAGCAAGUUGAGAGUUUUUUAGAAGGGCUCUUUCAACAGGAAGAAUGCUUAUUCCUUAUCUUGUAGCUGUAUGUAGUGGCUGUCAUAUCUGGCUAAAAUCAUUAUAAUACUACAGGCACUAGUUCUUGGUGCUGGUGGAGAUGAGAGCAGCAUGCUAAUAGGCAGUGGCAGGUUCUAUUCUGUUGCUAUUUGAUCAAACAAGUAGAUCAUGUCCUCGGACUCGGAGGACAGACAUCACCAGUACAUGCGCAUUUGACUUACUUCUACACAUUGAACAUGACCAUGCUCAUGCCUCUUCUAAUAUUUAUACUGGGUUGUGUGUUGGUGUGGAGCUUGGAAAAGAAGGCGGUAGCGGUUCGGGCGAUGAUGGCGGACCAGAUUGAAGAAUACAUUGCAAAAAUAAAGUUGAUGGUCAUUGAAGGGCAUCCCAAAUGGCUUUACCGCUUUCUCAAGUACCAUUUGGCGUACUGCGAGAAAUGGCUUGACCGCUGGUGGGCGAUUUACGGCCGACGGCUUUACAUGCGUAUGACGCGCACUGGACGGCGAUUUUGGUAUGGUCUCGCCGUAGUAGCUGAGCAAGAAGCGAGGUAUAUCAGGGCAGAUCUCAGAGAAGUGAUGUCCCCCUAUCCUCACGUAACCGUGGAUAUGCUGCUCGCGCGGGAUGAUUUGUGGAUAUGCUGUACCUGGUGGUGCCCAUGUGCCACAUUCUCAAUUAUGGACAUUCGGAUUCAACUGCUUUGUCGCACUAAACGAACUUCAACUCCUAGUGUCGUGUGAUAGUUGUUGCUAUCAUCUUUCCGCCGUAACGACGUUGAAAACCACGACUGCAGCUUUUAGAUACAGAUAUUGGAAUCUUCCAUCUUCUAAAGCGAUUCGAGUAAUCAUCGAAUCUCUGCUUCAGAUGCGUUUGGCCCGCCGGCGAAAAGAUGCACCUGUGCCGACGUCUUCAAGCGGUGAGAGCUCAGUAGUUGGCCCUCCUCAAACGGCGUACGAGAUCGCGCUGGAGCAGGUUCAGAAGCCCUUCAUGAAACCCAGGAAACUCAUUUGUUAAGGCUCUAUUUCCUAAUCUAGGUUGCCUAUGUUAGUUUAGAGGUUGAUAAGGUAUGCAUCCUUGGAAUGAUGAAGAAGAGCUUUGCAAGUAGGGCAAAAGCAUCUUUCUAGGGUGCGUCUCAGGAUGGAUUAAGGCGAGCGCUAAGCAUCGCUGUCGAACCUCGGAGACAAGGGUCUUCAACCAGACCGAGAUCCAGGAGAUCGGGUGAACCUAGGACUGGUAGAGCCAUGGUGGACAAAAUUACCAAAAAGCUGGCACGAAUCUCAGAAGUCGGAGGAACAGAAGAAAGAGGAAGCAGAAGAUGCGAAACGGUUCCAACGUGAGGAAUUUCAAGCGACAGGCGGACAGCCGCAAUUGCGCAUGACGAUUAAGGUCCCAUCUUCUCUAAUGAUCUGUGAUGUCAGUUCAUCUUGGGAAUCUUUGACAGGGACGAGAUUGAGAAAAGAUCCCAGUGUAAGUACAUACAAAAGGUAAUAAAGGACCAAGUUUUCGUUUGAAAGGACGUCGAAGAAAAGGUCUUACUAGAAUGGUGGCAGGUCGUUGCCUAUGCCUUCAAAUUGGUCAUGGUCGUGGUACAUCAGGCUGAAAGGUCCUCUAAGUCAGAAUAUGUUGGUGAAAAGUUUGCAAGCAGGGUUCGGCGGUACUACAAACCAGGGAGCAAGCUGGAUCAUAUUGUCAUACGCGUUGUCAAGGGAGAAUGCAUCGACCUCACGCUGCAUAAGAUUAUGACAAUAAAGGCUUUUUGAUUUUGGCUUCUACGGCAAUCGAGAAAUGACGGCAACAGGAGCACACACGUGACUCAAGUAUGUUUGCUCUCGUGAUGAAUGUAAGUAGUCUGACUAUAUUUUGCCUGGUGGAGGACCAUCACUCCUCCUCGGUUACUGAUUUAGUCUGCUUGGGUUGCUUGAAGCGUUUACCUAUUACCCUAAGCUGAGCAGUGAGCAUGCUAUUACUAACUUUGUUUUUGAGAAUGAAAUGCCAUUAUUUGAUUUAGGUAAAGAAAAACAAGGUUAAGAUAACGGCAUGCCUCGUCCUUCAGUACUAGUGCUACCUAUGAUGAAGUAGAUCAUCAUUUUCGUCCUCUUUCAUCUGUUGAAAAUAUUGGAAGAAUCCGGACUUGGACUUCGUGAAGCAUCCUCGAGUCCUUUCAGUACGUGCUGCUUUGCGAGAUAUUUUCUUUAUCCAGCCCAAUGCAGACGCUUUGAUGUUAAGGUGGCUCGUGCUACUCCAUUGCUAUUUUAUCACCUUGCAGUAAUCAAUUUUGAACUCUCAUUUUGAUACUCAGUUUCAAACAAAUCAUAGUACUGAUUGAAAACCGGUGGAAUUCUGGUCAUUUGUGGUUAAAGUUAUAUUACUGUUACCUCAAGUAAUGCAUCCUGCUAUUUUGUAUGUGGAGGAUCCUUGAAGCAUAUGCACCCAAGGGAUCAUAUUCAUCUUGUUUAGGGAUCCACGACGACCCCACAAAAAGGAUGAGUGAGUAGGUGCAAAAAUUCUAAUGAUGAGGGUGGGAAAUUUGAUCAUCACCAUGAAUAAUUGGACUCUCGCAGACUCGACGAGGCCUGUAGAAUUGGAGUUCGUCAGAGUGGCACCAGAGUGGUUGGCCGAACAUCCACGAAGAAAGUAUCACGUGCUUCGAAAAGUGAAGCAACAACUUAGACACAAGACAAAGUUGAGGCGAGAGGGUAGACUUUCAAUAGUAUCACUAUCUGGUCACGGUGUAACUCAAUUAGUAAUAUGACGUUUUUCGUUCUUUGAUUUGUUAGAGGGGAAAGCAACAACUCAUACUCACUCAACCACAGACCGUGGUUAGACGUCAGGAGCAAAGAACCUCUCCUUCCUUCGUUUCUCUCAUCUAACAAAGGAAGAGAUUUUUGAUGCCGUGCAGAAGACAGUGGGGAAUACAGAUUGGAAGAAUCCUGUUCUCGGUCAGCUCGAAGGUGCAAUCGACUACGACUCUUACCUUAUGUUGAGCAGGUUGAAAUGUAAAUCUUGAUAGAUGAUAAGUAUGAUGGACAAGAAGGAUCUUCUGUCACUCUAGAACUGUGACGAUGUAGCUUAACUGAAGGAUGCUUAUGCAAGCACUCACAUUGCAAGUGGAGAGCAGUGACAUGAGAACAGUGACGGAAUUACACAGCAAUUCUAUGUACAGGCACUGCUAAGGGUAGAAGUUGAAGCAUGAAGCUAGAGUCGUACUGGAUUCUAUGUCUUCUGCCUAGACUUUUCACUGCAACUACAAGCAAUAGUUGAACAGAGAGGGUUUGAUAGUAUCGACUGUUGAGGUAGCAACUUCAAGGUAUGAUCUAGUUUGCAACAUUGGUUAGGUCCAUAGUGGACGACAAGGAUUGGAAUUCGAUUAUUGGGCGAUAAAAAACCAUUUUUUCGAGGAUUCGCCUCAAAUUGAAGAGUGAGACUCAACUUUUCAAGCUUUCGAGGGCAUUUGAAUUGAAUUGCUUGGCGAUAAAAGACCUUUUUUUCGAGGAUUCGCUUCAAAAUGAAGGCCUAUACUCAACUUCUCAAGUUUUCGAGAUGUAGGCGCCGACAGUGUGUCUUUCUAACAUGAGUACAGUCUCUAGUUAAGCACUUAAAAUGGCCAACGUCAUAUCAAAAACGUAGAAUGUUGCUUUCAUCGAGUAAGUGCCUCUCCUCAUCCUUAUUCUCUUUAAGGUCGAGGUCGCCCUCUAUAGAGUCCUAGGGGAACACCCACGGGGAGUCGUGCUCCACCCCCAUCCUUUUCCCUGACCCUCUCGCCCCUGCCUUCCGGGCCUCCUGUUGGGUCCCUACUGGUCUCCCUGCAAUAAAGGCAACCCCGUCAGUUUCCCUGACCCUCCUGUGGGUUCUCUCCACUGGUCUCCCGGCAGCCACGGGCCCCCCGGUUGCCUUUGCGGGGAGACCAGUGGGGACCCAACAGGAGGCAGGGGCGGGAGGGUUGGGAAACUGGGUGGAACACAACCCUCCAUAGGUUUCCCCGUAGGCCUCUAUCGAGGGCGAUCUCGAUCCUACCCUGAUUCUCUCCCCAUCGUCCUAAAGCUAAUCCUUCCUUUUUCAUAUUGGUAAAGGAUCCGCAGGAGCAAAAGGACUUCUUUCCCUUGGACGCACGUUGCGACUUCGCUAGGGAUGUGCCGAGUGGCAACGCUUUGGAUCGAGGUCCGCAGCACUCUUUCCGCGAUCUUCAUCAGGAAGCAAGGGAUCGAAGGCAAGCGCGCGAGGAGUACUUCGGUCGCGCUGCGGCUCCGACUCCGUCGCCGUCUAAGAGUUAUGGCUUUAGCAUAUUCAUUUUCACCUUAAGAAGCACAAGCAUCUUCGAGUUUGACGUGUUUUCAGGAGAGAAAAUGGUCAACGAUACACUGCAGGAUGCAUAUUGGUAAGGUCUAACAGCAGCAGAGACGCAAGAGAAGACGGAGGGCCAGCACACAGAUAGAGCCUGAAGAAGAUCCAGAGAUCGAACUGGUGGUCGAAGUGAAGGACGGCAAACCAGUGGAAUUGAUCGACUGAGUCGUGCAAGGUCUUACUUGUUUGGACAAACAUUUUUUUGUAAUACCAACUUUCUCUAUGGAUGUAUGUUGUACUACUUGCAUACUUGAUAACCGCCGUCUUCUUGCACUCGCGUGAGUACAGAUGUUUGGAU